AUGCGCACCAUGGGAUUCCACAACGUGGACUGGGGCCGUCUGGAGGACUCGUUUUCUAGCCAUCAUAAGCGUGUUGCAGUCCGACAACAAGAAAUUGUCAUUUCUGCCCCACCUGUGGAAAAUGUCAAAGCGCGCUGGCCAGCACUUCAUACAGAGAGACAGGUCCUGGCAGAAUUUAACCAGAUCACCAGCUCCAAACUGGGCAAUGAUUUCUCUAACCUACUGGAGACAAAUGCAUGGAUAAGAAUCUCCAGCCGCUGGAAUCGAGUGUGCUAG